AUGGCGCCAACCUUUCACAGUUAUACGAGUGGGCUCUUAGCCUUGGGACUUUUCCAGGUAGGCUGGGCCGGUGUUGUACACAAGCAGACAGAACUGGUCCAUUUCCGAGUCCCAGAUGUCACCGCUGACUCCUUACACAACGUCCAUAUCGACUUCCUUCACCCGGGCUUCCAAGGUGAGGUUCACCUCCUGUAUGGGGCCUGCGAUAUCUCUAGCUCCAGCGAAAAGCACCAUGAGAUUGGAACCAUAUAUGUCAAGCGACACGCUCAUCCCGAGCGCUUCGUCUGGGCAACUCCCUCGGACACUCCCCACCUUCAUUGCCUUCACGCCUUUUCAGGAUCGACGUUGGUAGGAAGAUCAGCCCCAGUGUCUGUCGCCGCACAACUCGUACGGCGAGAGAGUAUUGCAGAUGUUGCCGAUGCAAUGGGGCCGUGGUUCGAUGGUGUCGCAUACAUGCAGGCAAAGGAGCCUGGGAAGGUCGUGGUGUCUCAAGCAAAAGACGCCUCCGUGGCAAUUAUCGGAGGGGGCAUGUCCGGCCUGAUGACUAGCCUUCUAUUAGAGUCAGUUGGCAUGCACAACUGGCACAUUAUUGAGUCUUCCAGUAGAAUUGGAGGCCGUAUCCGUACCGAAUACCUCAACCAUACUCGCCCGGACCAAUAUCAGUAUCAGGAGAUGGGUCCGAUGCGGUUCCCCGUCAGCAUCACCUAUGCGGACACAAAUGAGACCCUCGAGAUUCAAGAUCACAAGAUGGUCUUCCAAUUGAGCGAUGUGCUCAACGAAAUGAAUACCGAUCAUCCGGAACUUGCUGUCAACUUCAUCCCCUUCAUUCAGAAUAGUCCGAAUGUCCCAGCCAGCUCCGGGGGUUACCGUUUACCAAAUGGUCUGAUCCCUACUGCGGCAGAUGUAGCUGCCAAUUCAUCACUUGUAUACAAAGCAGCAUCUUCCAACGCAACAGAAGCCGCAGGUGCAGCGCAAGCAUACAAAGACUAUACUACUGCGGACAAGAUCAGCCGAAAGAUUGUCACCGACAUGUAUCAGGCACACAAGUCUGCAGUCGAAAGUGGAUAUUUCCACUGGUCAGAAGCCGGCUAUUUGCGAUAUGCUCUGGGGUACAAUGACAAUAUUACCGACUACGUUGCCGGGUCUGACGACACUCCGAUGUGGGAUAGUCUCUAUGAAGGCGUCUACUUCAGUGCCACAAAGUGGCGCACCAUCGACAAAGGACUGGAAUCACUCCCACGCGCCUUCUGGCCACACGUCGCCAAUAAGACCACAUUGAACCGCACGAUCCAGGGGCUAUCCUUCAAUGAGAGCUCCGGAAGGAUCGCUGUCAAUUGGCGCGAUGAUCCAAUGCAACUGGAACCCGAAAGUGCAGAAUAUGAUUAUGCGGUUGUCUCUGUGCCAUUCAGCAAGGUUCGUCUAUGGGAUAUGCCUCGCUAUUCAUCUCUUCUGAGUCGCGCUAUCUCCACCAUGAAUUACGCCCAGUCCUGUAAAAUGUCUCUACAUUUCAAGACACGGUUCUGGGAACACCAGGAGAAGCCCAUCUUCGGAGGAUGCGGAUCCGUGGACUUGCCGGGAAUCGGCUCUGUCUGCUAUCCAUCCUUCAACAUAAAUGCCACCGGACCUGGAGUUGUCCUCGCAUCAUACGUCAGCGAUACUCCGGCACGGUCGAUCGUGGCGUUGAGCACUGAGGAUCACGUUGCUCUGGUACUACGCUCUAUGGUUCAGAUCCAUGGGAACAUUGCCGCCGAGCAAUACACAGGCAUCUAUGAUCGCCAAUGCUGGGAGGUUGAUGAGCAUCAAGCUGGAGCUUGGGCGGCUCCUCUCGUCGGACAGCAAGAGCUGUAUCUCCCCGCCUACUACCAAACCGAAUAUAAGACAAUCUUCAUCGGCGAACAUACUAGUUACACUCAUGCCUGGAUUUUCUCGGCGUUGGAUUCUGCCGUCCGUGGAACCACGCAGCUUUUGCUAGACCUUGGGUUAGUUGAUGAGGCGAAAGAAAUUGUGAAUACCUGGAUGGGGCGGUGGAUUAAGGUCUAAUAUGCU